AUGUUGCAACAUCCACUAGGUUACACUGUGCAAAGAAUUCCAGUGAACAAUGUGACAGACAUCACCAUGUUUAUACUAACUGGCUUCACUGAUGAUGCGGACAUUCAAGUCUUGUUAUUUCUUUUGUUUUUGGUGAUUUAUCUUUUUACUCUUAUAGGCAAUUUAGGACUUGUUUUGCUAGUCAUUGGAGAUUCUCGCCUUCACAAUCCCAUGUACUAUUUUUUAAGUGUUUUAUCAUUCCUAGAUGCCUGUUAUUCCACAGUUGUCACUCCUAAGAUGUUGGUCAAUUUUCUUUCAAAAGAUAAAUCUAUCUCAUACCCUAGUUGUGUGACAGAGAUGUUCCUCUUUGUUACAUUUGGAACCACAGAAUGCUUCCUGUUGGCAGCAAUGGCUUAUGACCGCUAUGUAGCUAUCUACAACCCACUUCUUUAUGCAGUGAAAAUGUCAUCUAGAGUCUAUAUACCUCUCAUCAUAGCUUGUUAUUCAGGUGGAGUUAUGCAUGCCACUAUACACACAGUGGCUACCUUUAGCCUUUCUUUCUGUGCAUCCAAUGAAAUUAGGCAUGUCUUCUGUGAUAUUCCUCCAUUGCUUGCUAUUUCUUGUUCAAACACAAAUAUAAACCAGCUUUUGCUCUUCUAUUGUGUAGGUUCCAUUGAGAUUAUCACCAUCCUGAUUGUCCUGAUCUCUUACAGUUUCAUACUCUUUGCAAUUCUUAAGAUGAAUUCUGCUGAAGGGAGGAGAAAAAUAUUCUCUACAUGUGGUUCUCACCUUACAGGAGUGUCCAUUUAUCAUGGGACAAUUCUUUUCAUGUAUGUGAGACCUAGUUCUAACUAUGCCUUGGAGCAUGACAUGAUAGUGUCCACAUUUUAUACUAUUGUGAUUCCAAUGCUGAAUCCCAUCAUCUAUAGUCUAAGAAACAAAGAUGUAAAAGAGGCAAUGAAAAAGAUUUUUGAGAGAAAUUUGUUCAUGAACAAAGUGCACUUCAAAUUAUAA